AUGAAUAUUAUAAAAAACAAGCAGCGAAACAGAAUGAAGCUAACUCUUUUGAAAUCAAUUCUAAAAAUACGCUGCGGUAUACAGUUAAUGGGAAAGUGCUACAACAAUUAUGAAAUUCCUUUAAAUCUUAUAAAACAAAUUGGGACGAAGGAGUCAUAUCAGUCUGAUAAGGAUAACAAAAUUUCUUGUACUGUAAAGUGGAGAGUUAUUGCAUUAGAAGUGUUCGUGUUUUGA